AUGUGGCUCCUUGAUACACAAGACAACGACACUCCACGACUGAGGUCAAUCCGUGAGAUUGAUCUCGAGGCCGAUCCAAAGACUGGGUUCCCUCGUAUACAGUACGCCAUUUUCUCACAUACCUGGGCGCCGGACGAUGAGCAAGAAAUUAGUUUCGAUGACAUUCAAAGCGGAAACUUCUCUCGUACCAGCACUGGCUGGCGCAAGAUCCAGCAUUGCCGCAGACAAGCGGCUCAAGAUGGUCUCGAAUAUGCCUGGAUAGACACGUGCUGUAUCGACAAGCGGAGUUCUGCGGAGUUACAAGAGGCUAUUAACUCCAUGUUUCAUUGGUACUCCCGCUCGAAUGUUUGCUACGUAUUCUUGACAGAUGUCUCGAAAGCUGAGCUCGAUUCAGAGGAGCUCGCUACACAUGAGAACUGCAAACACCUCAAGGCGAGAGAUCGUGGUGUAAAGCUCAUUGACAACGCCUUUACGAGGUCUCUAUGGUUUAGUAGAGGUUGGACACUGCAAGAACUUCUGGCACCAAAACACGUGUAUUUUUACGAUAAAGACUGGCAGCUGCUCGGAGACAAGAAGUCCCUGCAGUGUUGGGUUUCGCGAGCGGCGGGAAUCGAUGGCGAUGUUCUCCGUGGGGAUUACAGUCUCCAGCAGUGCUCAGUUGCAAUGCGAAUGUCAUGGGCUGCGAGCCGCCGCACGACAAGAAUCGAAGAUCGCGCCUACAGUCUGCUUGGUAUUUUCGAUGUUAACAUGCCAAUGCUGUACGGUGAGGGCUCGAAAGCUUUCAUGCGCCUCCAAGAAGAGAUCAUCAAAACGAACGAUGACCAGACUAUAUUCGUCUGGGAGAGUGAUCAGAGUGAUUAUGUUGGCAUGCUCGCCCCUGAUCUUGACGCUUUUCAAGGCAAGGGAGAACAUCAUUAUUACACUUUCUUCCCUUCGCAAGGUUUCUCUUUGUCCAACAGAGGACUCUUGAUCAAGAUGCCGCUCGUACAAUGGUCUCUAGAUAUCUACAUCGCCGUUCUAUGCUGCGGAAUCAUUGUCAAUGGCAAUGGUAAGCCCCAAGGCAUCUAUCUUCAACGACUCGGCAAUAGUGAACAAUAUGGACGCGUGCGUUUCCAAGGUCGCCAUAGCGUACCAGUGGAGGGCGCUUUGCCUGCACUGAAACCCGUCUAUGUGCGGCAAAGAGCUCUCUACCCGUCUGAGAUGCACUAUCUCCAAGAACGUGAUUACGAAUUCGGAAUCGAUCCUUUGCUCCUCUCACCUUCUUCACAGCAGCCGGUCAACAUUCUCCUUGGCCAAUACCGUCAGCAGGAUCGCACCAUUUCCCAGCCCCCUGGCUCGAAAAUUUACCCCAUUACAAUUCUCUCCCUCGAUCACCUACGUUUGCAAGCCGAAUGGCUGGGCCUCGGAUUUGAUCACGACUUCCACCCAGUGAUUGUCUUUGCAGACUCCAUCGCGUUCUUCCGAUCCGACGGCAGUCAUCUCGAGCUCUCCACGCAAGCUCCAGGGGACGGAUCUCUUGACCGACAGUCUUCAACCAAUCCUCUCCGUGGCUCCGAUCAUGUUUCCAAUAACAAUUACCAGAAAUUCCUGAGCUCCCUUCAGCACCCUACCUUGCUGGGCCAGAGCUAUCAGAGCGCUGUUGGUAUAAUCGAACCGGUCCAUUCAUAUGGGACCUAUUGGGCCUGCAAAUGUUAUCUGGAUAAGGAAACCCAACAAUUUGUUCUCUUGAAUACUCGAGCUUCCAAUGGAGCACCAGUCAGCGUGACUGUUACCAUUCAGUCAUGGUCCAAGAAAGAGAACAGGGCUUUGUGGCAGGUUCGAUUGACUGUGGCUCAUGAUGAUGAGUGA